AGGGGGAGGGAGAAGGGGGGAGAAGUCGAGCAGGAGAGGAGGAAUCAUGGCGGCACCGCUCGGACGGGACACCCUACCUGACCACUGGUCUUACGGAGUUUGUAGGGAUGGCCGCGUGUUUUUCAUCAACGACAAAACUCGCGGCACCACUUGGCUUCACCCGCGCACAGGCGAGCCUGUUAAUUCCGGACACAUGAUACGUUCAGACUUGCCAAGAGGAUGGGAAGAGGGCUUCACGGACGAGGGAGCAAGCUACUUCAUCAAUCACAACGUGAGGUGUACGUCAUUCCGACACCCUGGUACAGGGCAGAUUUCACCAGAAAACACAGAAUACACGCUGGAGGACAAGAGGAUCGAGUCCUAUAUGUUCAAUCACAGACAUCCAAGUAUGGUCACCGAGUCCACCAAGGCUGUGACUACGGGAGCAAUGGAGGCCACCUCGGGGUCAAAGGGAUCCAGAGGUUCAAGCAAAUGUCACAGUUUUGGCAAGAGGGAUCAAGCUAUUAAACGAAACCUCAACAUCCCCGUGGUAGUGAGAGGCUGGCUGUAUAAACAGGACAGCACUGGAAUGCGACUGUGGAAACGAAAGUGGUUUGUUUUGUCCGACUUCUGCUUGUUUUACUACAAAGAUAGCCGCGAGGAGACGGUCCUUGGUAGCAUUCCUCUGCCCAGUUACCUCAUCUCACAAGUUGCACCAGAAGACCACAUAAACCGCAAAUAUGCUUUCAAGGCGAGCCACACAGGAAUGCGCUCCUACAUUUACAAUAAGAACUCUGUAAUUGGCUCGCAGGCAGAACACAGCGGCAUGCGGACGUAUUUCUUCAGCGCGGACACACAGGAGGACAUGAAUGGUUGGAUUCGGGCCAUGAACCAGGCGGCGCUGAUGCAGCAGACGCACACCAUUAAGAGAGAGAAGCAAAGGCCAGAUAAGAACCCUCAUCAGGCACCUCUUCAGACCAAUCAUGUCAACCAUAGCAUAUCUCAGACCGAAGCUUUUCUCAGGACGGACUGCGAACACUCACGUGAUGAUGGUAUCCGACUGGCUCCCGCAGACGAGGGGAGGUACGUGCUGGAGGUCCAAGGAAGGCGCAGGCUUUCAGAUCCCAGAGAGAGACUGUCUCCAAAUUUGGUGGACGCUGCAGCUCAAAGGAACAGCCAUCAAAGUGCACAGCCUUCAGAACAGAAUGGAAACCUAAAGUACCAGAGGGGGUGUGACACAGAGAAACAUGCACAGAGGAAGAAUACGUUGGCCCAGGUGGAGCACUGGGUCAAAGUUCAGAAAGGUGACCCGCCAAAAAGUGCUCCCUCUGCAGAGUUCAACCUACCACGGCAAACUCCUCCCUUAAAAGUAAAAGUGAGCACAGCAGACACCUCCUGCCAGUCAUUACCAAAGUCUCCCCGCCUUCCGUCUGGCAGCAACUCUCCCUCAGCGACCUUUAACCUGCCCAGCGACUACAAAUACGCCCACGACCGACUGAGCCAUUUCCGCAUGUCCACAGACGAGCGCAUGGCCACCAAGGAGGGAAUGGUGUGGCAGCUGUAUGAGUGGCAGCAGAGGCAGCAGUUCCGACACGGCAGCCCCACAGCGCCCUUAUACACAGGGCCCAACUUUACAGACUCCUCGUCCUUCACCGUCACCGUGGAGAUGCCUCGCUCUAUCUCUGUGCCGCCUUCUCCCUGUGAGGUCCCCCCAUCAGUUUCCCCCUCCUUUAAGCCACUGUCCCCUCGCAGACCACACACCCCAUCAGGUAGACGGACUGUCAUGCCUCUGGAUGAUUUGUCAAGCGUGGACACCACAGGAGCGUCCUCCCCUGGACUCAUCUGUACUCGUCUUUCACAGAUGGAGAGAAGGUCCAUGCCAUCCAUGGGAUACAUCACACACACUGUCAGUGCACCCAGCCUGCACGGCAAAACGCCAGAGGAGCUGACCCUGCUUCUCAUCCAGCUUCGGAGGCACCAGGCCAAGAUGGCUGGUGUGCAAAGCCCCAGUGAUGUGUUCGCUCAUCUGCAGCAUCAGCAGCACAACGGCCUUCUAGGCAUGCAGGCUGAUGAUACUUGCAUGCAACUGAAGAAGGACCUGGAGUACCUAGAUCUGAAGGUUACUGGACGCGAAAGCCUCAGGAAAGAAGCACAAAGGCCUGUGAAAAUAGCUGAAAGUGAUGCUGAUGUGAAAUUAAGCCGACUGUGUGAACAAGACAAGAUUCUUCAGGAGCUAGAAGCCAGGAUACGCACGUUGAAGGAGGACAAGGACAAGCUGGAGUCUGUGUUGGAUGUGUCCCACCGACAGAUGGAGCAGUACAUAGCUCAGCCAGCGCACGUGGAGAAAAUCGCCUACCAGCAAAAACUACUGCAAGAAGAUGUGGUGCACAUCAGGGCGGAAAUAUCCGAAGUGUCCACGGAGAUGGAGAAUGCUUGGAAUGAGUACAUGAGGCUGGAGAGGGAUGUGGAUUGGCACAAAACAGCCCUGCAAGGACAGAUGACCCGCAGCGACCUUUGUCAGCAAGAGAGAGUCCAAAUGAGAAAAGAGCUUUGGAGGAUCGAGGAUGUGAUCGCAGGCCUCAGCAGCAGUAAAGCCAACUACAAAGUCACUAUCUCCUCUGUGACCAACCCAGAGAGGAAAUUUGUGCCUUCGGUGUCAGCGUCAUCAAUGCCUUCAGUGGCUGGAAGCCCGUCUGCUAUGGAGAUGCAAUUGUCACAGCAGCACAGCCCCCACCUCAGUCCCAGUAGCCACAAUGCGACAACAACCCCUAUGCUACCCUCCAGUCAUCAGCCCUCACACCACAACACAACUAGCACUACUACACUUAAAUGGGCUGAGGAAGACGUGCCUCCCAGACCACCUCUACCUCAAGUGUACAGUCCUGAUGAGCAUCCCCCAGCAGUGCCCCCGCUGCCUAGGGAGACCACAGUCAUCAGACACACCUCAGUCCGCGGCCUAAAGCGACAGUCUGACGAACGGAAGCGGGACAGAGAGAUAGGCCAGUACACCAACGGAGACAUUAAGGUGGAACUCAGACCUUUCCUGAGUGAUCCUGAGCUAGUGGGUGUGGGAGACGGCUCCAGCAGUGUGACAGCUUUAGGACACGAAGGAGGUUAUCAGACGUUACCGAGCAGAGGAGUAACUGGCUCCACCCUCAGACUGAAUCAGUCCUCCAGCAUUUCGUCUUAUGUGACCCUACGGAGAGCAACUUCAGCUCCUGGUGUGAAGGAGAGAUCAAAAAGUGCCCUAGAGCGUCUCUACUCUACAGAGGCGGCGCCUCAGCGUGGGAGGAUGAGCGCUGACGAGCAGCUAGAGAGGAUGAAGAGGCACCAGAAGGCUCUACUGCGACAACGCAAGCGCACCUUGAGCCAUGGAGACCGCCACGCCUCCCCGUCGUCACGCUCCUCCUCGUCGGCAUGGACGCGCCCUCUUUCAGCGGACUUUGGUUCUUGGAGGAGAGAACAGGAGUUCGACCUGCAGCUGUUGGAGAGGGCCGUGCAGGGGGAGGAGGCUCAGGGAGUGAGGAGCGUCCAGGGGGAGGAGAGACCGCCUGAGCACAAAGAGAAACCGCGAUCGCACUCUGACGAAUGGCUGACUUUCCACUCGAUGACCAUGACCACCCCAACGACCAAUGAUGCUGAACCGGAAAUAUUAGACUAUGACAAGGACUUGCUCAAAGAGCUGUCUAUGCCUCAGAAAGUGGUGAUUCCAGAGCGGUAUAUGGACUUAGAGCAAGAGGAGCCCCUCAGUCCUCAGGAGAUGGAGGACCGCCAUCGGAAGGUGGAGCGGAUCAAGAACAUUUUGGCAAAGUCCAGUAUUCAAAACUUGGCACCACCGCCACUACCUGCAGACAAGUCUGAGGUGAGCCUGCUGGCGCUUGACUCUGUUCUGCAGGAGCAGGAGAGGAUCAUCACCAUGUCUUACAUGCUGGCCUCGGAGGCCUCCCUUAAAAGCAAACGCGUCGCAGCUCAAGCGAUUUCUGGACACUGAGGUGCUUGACGACAAUGCACAGAAAGAGUGGUCUUGUGCAAGAAAAGAAGACUUUAUUUUAUCAUGGAUCCAUUUCUGUACAGCAGUAGAAGAACGUAGUAAAUAUUUAACCUGCUUGAGCAGCAACAACAACUUCUGAAGGGAUUUGUUGUUUCUGAAAGACUGCAGCUAUUGCUUAUUUUCUAUUGUACGAUGUUGCACUUUGAGCUGUACACUGUAAAAAUGGCAAAUAAUUGAAAUAUUUUUAUGGUGUGAUUGAACUGUUCUGUGACUUUAAUGGAGAACAUGUUAAAAGAAGAGAUACUGAUUAUAUCAUGAUGCUAGAUUUUCAUAUAUAAUUUGUUUUUACACUAAACCACUUGAAAUAUCAUAUCUACUUUAGCACUGCCAGUCUUCUGUUAGCUUGCCAAGAUGACUUUUAUUUUUGCUUACAUCCAGACUGAACAACACUGAACAUGUUUUAUGCACA